AAUAUUUUCGUCUAGAAAUGUCUAAAUCAGACUGUUCUAAUUUUACUUUUCAAUAAAACCGUCUUGACUGUACUUUUCUAAUUUUACUUUUCAAUAAAACCGUCUUGACUGUGCUUUUCUGUUCACAGAUGUACCUCCCUUAACUGCGACACCAACUGGGAAAAAGCAGAAGAUGUGACCCCAUCUCCUGUGAACAUUGUGCACCCUCCGUCUAUGCCCACGGCCGCCGACACCGACACCGACACCGACACCGUCAUCGUGGAAGUGUGCGACGUGCCUGCGGAACCCGAGGAUUCAGUGGUGUAACAACAACAACAACAACAACAACAACAACAACAACAACAACAACAACAAAGAC